GCUUUAUCCGGAAGUUAGAGGUUCGACAGCGUGAAGUGCUUCCGACAGAAGCACGUUCGGUUCAAUUCCGACUGGGAAAUGUAGUUUCAUGGAAUUAGACGCGACUGUUUGCUAACGCGUACAAAAUGGCUAACCAUAUUAGUUAGCGUUACUUGGAUGACUAAAAUGCGUCUUUUUAUAUUGCGUCAUGUUUCGUUGCAUCACGUUGAAGUCCAUUGUGACAAAAGGAUCACAAUCACGUGACGCUUGGAGACGAUGAAGACAUUCCCAAGUGUUAUGAUGACGUCACAUUACUUUAUGCGAAGCAGCGCCGGUCCAGGUCUGACUGGUGAACGUCAAACUCUGUUAUCUAAACUUAGCAGUAGAGUGGGGGCCACGAAUCCAGGACCACUGUCAGAGCCAGCAGCCCCGGUGAAGUUGGAGAAGGAGGAGGCUGCAGUCUGUGAGCAAAGAUCCUCAUCAAAUGAUGAAUGCGAUCAGAGCAAGUCAGAAACACAAACUCGGCCACUUUCAUCACACGCCCGCAGACGAAGGCAGCUAAAAGUGGAGUAUGAAAACAGUGAUACUGGAGUGAAGACGGAGUCCUGGGAGCCUCUGGACUGGACGAGACAACUGGGACACAUAAGGGAGAUGAGGAGCAGCAGAGACGCACCUGUAGACAACAUGGGAGCAGAGAAGUGUUAUGAUGUUGACGCACCACCAAAUGUGAGGCGGUUCCAGGUUUUGGUGUCGCUCAUGCUGUCCAGUCAGACCAGGGACCAGGUGACUGCUGCAGCUAUGCAAAAGCUCCGAGCUCAUGGAUGCUCUGUUGAAAAUCUGCUGGCUACUGAUGAUGAAACACUAGGAAAGCUCAUCUACCCCGUUGGCUUCUGGAGGAGCAAGGUGAAAUAUCUAAAGAGGACAGCAAGUAUGCUGCAACUAGAGUUCGGGGGAGACAUCCCCAACACAGUGGAGGGAUUAGUUCGGCUACCCGGGGUUGGGCCCAAGAUGGCCCACCUGGCUAUGGAUAUUGCAUGGGACCAGGUGUCGGGCAUCGGUGUAGACACACAUGUGCACCGCAUCUCUAACCGACUGGGUUGGCUCAGGAAGCCCACCAAGACCCCAGAGGAGACUCGGAGAGCCCUGGAGGAGUGGUUACCAAGGGAGCUGUGGAGUGAAAUCAACUGGCUCCUGGUUGGUUUUGGACAGCAGGUCUGUCUACCUGUCAACCCUCUCUGCUCCGUGUGCCUGAACCAGCACAGCUGUCCGUCUGCUCACAAAGUCUCACCCGCCAAGAGGCCUAAAGCUCGGUCCCCGCGCUCUCCAACCCCCACGACGUCCCACAAAUUCAAAAGUGACCCUGGACAUGAGUCUGAGUUUAAAGAUGAGAAACUAAAACAAGAGGUUGACUGUGGAGGGUCAAAAAGGAGAGCGAAGGCCAAGCUGGACUUGUAACUGAAGACGAUAUGUUUGAAUACAGUUCAGUAAAAGCUGUGUUUUUAUUAACUGUACACCCAUUAGCUAGCUAUUUUCGUAAAUCUGUGGUUACACUCUGUAUCUUCUCACAGUUGCCGCCUGCGUCAUCAAGCUGUUUGUACUACAAACAACCAAAGGACAAAGUCAUAAAAUAAGUGCUUGUCAACUUGCAUUUCAUAACUCUAA